AUGAUUGACACCAACGCCACACGCAAAUAUGGAUCGUAUCCUCUCUAUGACCGAACACAAAGGGCGAUACAUGUUGUGAUAGCAGGCGCUGGUCCUUCCGGAAUCGCUCUUGCUAUCGAACUGAAAAAGAUCGCAAAUGUAACAUUCCAAAUAUAUGAGAAGAAUCAAGAUGUCGGAGGUACUUGGUUCGAAAAUAGGUAUCCUGGAGCAGCAUGUGACGUAGCGUCUCACGCAUAUCAGUAUACUUUCGAAUGCAAAAAAGACUGGACCAGACACUUUGCGCCUGCCGAAGAGAUCGGCGAUUACUUCAUUUCAGUGGCCAGAAAAUAUGGCCUGUACGAGCAUAUUCGCUUUGACUCUCAGAUUACUGGGGCGGUAUGGAAUGAGGAUGAAGCUAUCUGGUCAAUUGAGGUCUUGCAGAAAACCCCAGUCGAACCAACCCAGGUCCAAGCUGACGUUUUUGUCAAUGCCGGCGGGAUACUGAAUGAUUGGAAAUGGCCAGAUAUCAUGGGCUUGUCCAAGUUUGCAGGAAAAUUGCUACAUACAGCAUCGUGGGACCACAGCUUCGACUGGGCGGACAAAAACAUAGCAGUGAUCGGAUCAGGAGCGACAAGUAUACAGGUUGUACCACAGAUGCAACCGAAGGCUAGGAAAUUGGAAGUCUUUGUCAGGUCACCUACCUACAUCAUCCCACGCGUUGGGUUUGGUGUCGAAUCAUCUACAUUCAACGCACCUUACCUCCAAGAUGAAGUUUCGAGAUUCCAAAAUGAUCCCAAGUACUACAAAGUAUUCAGAAAAAAGGUCGAGCAGCAGAUGAACGAAAAUUUCAUGGGAAGUGUGAAAAACUCUCAAGCACAGAGAGAUGGACGCAAGUGGGCCGAAGGUUUGAUGAGAGACUCUCUGCAAUCAAAAGAGUUACAAGAUAAGCUGAUCCCUGAUUGGGAGCUGGGAUGUCGGAGACUCACUCCUGGCCAGCCAUACCUACAUGCAGUCCAGCAACCAAAUGUGCAUGUCGAGCGCACUCCAAUCACUCGAGUCACUCCGGAAGGCAUUGAAACUACUGACGGGGUGCUGCAUAAUUUCGAUGCGAUCGUGUGCGCGACCGGUUUCAGCGCGUCGUUUUCUGCUCGCUUUGACAUCGUUGGGUCCGGCAAUCAAAAUCUAAGACAAUUGUGGACGAAAGGCGCACCAGAAGCAUACUUGGGCCUCGCUAUAUCUGGUUUCCCAAAUUACUUCGUUAUGCUUGGCCCCAAUUGUCCCAUCGCAAACGGGUCCCUGGUUCCCUGCAUUGAGUACGGUGCAAAAUACAUUGCUCAAGUCUUGAAGAAAAUGCAGACCGACCAGAUCAGGAAAUUGGAUGUCAAGAAGAAAAUGCAGGAUGCAUUCAACGACUAUACGCAAAAUGUGCACCAAGACCUGGUAUGGUCUGGCUCAUGCCAUAGCUGGUACAAAGACAGUCAGAGUGGUAGAGUGACUGCAGUAUGGCCUGGGUCAUCCAUUCACUACAUGGAAAUGAUUGACACGCCUCGAUGGGAAGACUUCGAUAUCGACUAUGUCAAUGAAAACCCAUUCGCCUUCAUGGGUAACGGUGUCUCUAAAAGAGAGGCUUUGGGGAAAGACUUGACAUUUUACUUAGACUCUAUGCCAGAAGACUAA